UGCUGGAGAAUAUUCCCAUCUUCCCACAGCUGAAGAAGAAGCAAGCAGGAGGAAUUACUCCAGGAGAAACUACUGACAUACUGUUGGAAAGAUGGAGUUUGAGGAAGAACCCUGCAGAAUGAGAGAUGAAGAUACAGAGGAACAAACAGACUCAAUGGAAGUGAAUAAGGACAAGCAGCAUCGGUUUCAAAAACCUUAUGUCACAGAUGAAGAUGAAAACACUAUUAUUUCAAAGACUGAAAAAAAAAACCGAGCUGGAAAAACUGGAGUCAAAGGAUCUUUCGCCUGCACAGAGUGUGGAAAGAGUUACACAUGUAAACCAGAACUUAACAGACACAUGAGAGUUCACACUGGAGAGAGGCCUGUACACGCACUCAGUGUGGAAAGAGUUUUAUUCUAA